UUCUGUUCCUGUGCAGGCUCGCGGCCAGCAUGGCCCCCACGCUGCAGCAGGCGUACCAGAGGCGCUGGUGGAUGGCCUGCACUGCCGUGCUGGAGAACCUUUUCUUCUCUGCCGUGCUCCUGGGCUGGGGCUCCUUGCUCAUCAUGCUCAAACAGGAGGGCUUCUAUUCCAGCCUGUGCACAGCCGAGAAUAUCACCAACGUUACCUUGGACGAGCAGCUCUGGUGGCCAAGCUGUGACCAGCAGGAUGAAAUGCUCAACUUGGGCUUCACGAUUGGUUCCUUUGUGCUCAGCGCUACCACCCUGCCACUGGGGAUCCUCAUGGACCGCUUUGGCCCCCGACCGAUUCGGCUGAUAGGCAGCGCCUGCUUUGUGGCAUCCUGCACCCUCAUGGCCUUGGCCUCUCGGGACCCCGAAGUUCUGUCUCCGUUGAUAUUCCUGGCGCUGUCCCUGAAUGGCUUUGGUGGCAUCUGCCUAACGUUCACUUCACUCACUCUGCCUAACAUGUUUGGGAACCUGCGUUCCACUUUCAUGGCCCUCAUGAUUGGCUCCUACGCCUCUUCCGCCAUCACUUUCCCCGCUAUCAAGCUGAUCUACGAUGCUGGUGUGGCCUUUGUGGUCAUCAUGUUCACUUGGUCUGGCCUGGCCUGCCUCAUCUUCCUGAACUGUGCCCUCAACUGGCCCAGCGAAGCCUUUCCAGCCCCUGAGGAGGUCAAUUACAUGAUGUUCAAGCUCAAGGGGCUGGCCCUGGACCACAAGGUGACGGGUGAGCGCUUCUACACCCACAUGACCAUCGUGGGCCAGCGGCUGAGCCAGAAAGCCCCUAGCCUGGAGGAAGGGGGCAACAUCUUCAUCUCGUCCCAGGACGUCCGCGGCCCCUCGGAGACCCCUUCCGAGAGGUCCAUCCCCUUCCGCAGGAGCCUCUGCUCCCCCAUCUUCCUGUGGAGCCUCCUCACCAUGGGCAUGACCCAGCUGCGGAUCAUCUUUUACAUGGCCGCCAUGAACAAGAUGCUGGAGUACAUUGUGACCCAUGGCCAGGAGCAUGAGAUGAAUGACGUGAGACAAUUGGCAGCAGAGACAGUUGGGUUCUACUCCUCUGUCUUUGGGGCCAUGCAGCUAUUGUGCCUCCUCACCUGCCCCCUCAUUGGCUACAUCAUGGACUGGCGGAUCAAGGACUGUGUGGACAACCCCACCGAGGGCGUUGCUCUCAGAGAUGCCAGGGACGGGAUCACCGUCAAGUCCACCAAACGGCGCUACCGCAAGAUCCAGAAGCUCACCAACGCUAUCAGUGCCUUCACCCUGACCAACUUUCUGCUUGUGGGUUUUGGCAUCACCUGCCUCAUUACAAACCUACAUCUCCAGUUGGUGACCUUUGUCCUGCACACUGUUGUUCGGGGUUUCUUUCACUCCGCCUGUGGAGGCCUCUACGCUGCCGUCUUCCCGUCCAACCACUUUGGGACGCUGACGGGCCUGCAGUCCCUCAUCAGUGCUGUGUUCGCCCUGCUGCAGCAGCCGCUCUUCAUGGCCAUGGUGGGACCCUUGGAAGGAGACCCCUUCUAUGUGAAUCUGGGCCUCCUGGUAUUCUCACUCCUAGGAUUCCUGCUACCUUCCUACCUCUGUUACUUCCGCGCCCGACUCCAGAGGGAGUACCCCACCGACUGGACAGACCCCCAGAAGGUGCAUAGCAACUCCGAGCUGACGGCGGUGUAGACCUUUAAGGUCCAGGGACCUGAAUGGCAGGCAUUCAUGCCUGAGCAACUAAAGGGAAUGCCCCCAUGUGGUUUGUGUACCUGUAAAAUACGCACAGAGCCAGGGGCCGCGGACUUAUAAAUACCCAGAGUUCUAUUUUUGUAGGGACUUGCAAAAGAAAAAAAAAAAACUUAC